UUGAAUGCAAAUAAAAAUUAUUCUCUUUUUUCCCUCAAAUAUUGAUGGAACUGGUUUUUUAGAAUUUUAAUACUUUGAAUUUCAACAAAUUAAGCUAUUUCCUCAGGCACAAAGAAACGUUGCAGAUCAACAAGUUUGAGUGGAUUAGCAGAGCCCACAUCUCCUAAACAAAAGCAAAGUCCUUCAACAACAGUAGCCCCACUCUCUUCUCUUGAUAAUUUUCCUACCUCACCUAUACCAGAAAAGGAAAGCUUCAAGAUAUAUAGGUCUAAUACUCAAGAUCAAGCAAGUGAUACAGAUCAAAACACAGAAACAAGCAGCACCAGAAGCAGUACUUCUACUAGUAGCAUGUCAUCAGAUAGUGAAUCAGGGAGUGAAAGUGAUGGAGAUGAACAGUCUGGUACAGGCGAACGACGGCGUCAAAGAGGGAAUCGUGGAAAGUCAUCAUCUGGAUGGAGUGUUCAACAGCAACAACUCAUACCACUUCAACCAUUAGAUUUAGUUUGGGCUAAAUGCAGAGGAUAUCCAUGGUAUCCUGCAUUAAUAAUUAAUCCUGAUAUGCCAAAGACGGGCUAUUUUCAUAACGGAGUACCGAUACCAGUCCCACCAAAUGAUGUUUUAGCUCUUCAGAAAAAUUAUGAAGAACAAGUUUAUCUUGUCCUUUUCUUUGACACUAAAAGAACAUGGCAAUGGUUGCCAAGAAACAAAUUAGAACCACUAGGAGUCGAUACAGCACUAGACAAAGCAAGAUUAGUGGAGUCUAAGAAACCAACUGAACGUAAAGCUGUAAAGAAAGCCUACGAAAAUGCUAUUCUGCACCGGUGCAGAGUUACGGGUGAAUCUACAGGAUUUUCUGGUGAUUCCAGCAAUGACGAAUAAGGAUGAAAAUGCAAAUAUCAGUCAAUUAAAAAUAUAAUCAAGCAUGAAAUAA